UCUCACAUUCUCAACUCUUCUUCUUCUUCCCAUAGCCAAACCCACUACUAAAACCAUCAUCAUGGCCACUUCUCCAUCCCUUGCCUCCAUCCUCCUCGCCAUCACCAUCACAUUGGGAUCCUUAACCUUCCCUUCAACCGCCCAAAACUCCCAGCAAGACUACGUCAACGCCCACAACGCCGCCCGAUCCGCCGUCGGCGUCGGCCCCGUAACCUGGGACGCCAGGCUGGCGACCUACGCCCAGUCCUACGCCAACAAGCGGGCCGCGGCGGACUGCCGCCUCGUCCACUCGGGCGGGCCCUACGGCGAGAACCUCGCCUGGAGCAGCGGCGACCUCUCCGGCGCCGCCGCGGUGGCGAUGUGGGUCGGCGAGAGGGCGGACUAUAACUACAACGCCAACAGCUGCGCCCCCGGGAAGCAGUGCGGGCACUACACUCAGGUGGUGUGGAGGAGGACUACUAGCAUUGGAUGUGCAAGGGCCAAGUGUCGCGACGGUAGGGGUACUUUCGUCAUUUGCAGCUACAACCCGCCGGGGAACUACGUCGGCCAGAAACCCUACUAGCUAGGUCGAUAUGUUGAAAGACGGCGUGAUUGAAUCUAGCCGCUGAAUAUAAAUAUAGAAGGCUGUGUAAUGAAUGAUGCAUCUUAGCAUCUUCACUUAUAUGAUAAUAAUGCAAUAAAUCCGUCGUACCACGCUUAAAGUAAAAGUGGCGAUGAACUAAUUACACAGUGGGUACAAGCUAAGGAAAGUAUGUUUGAUUGUCUUUAAUACUAAUUUAGCAGUGGCAACCGGAUCGAAUUUGUGGAUUCAUUAAUUGAGCUCAUGAUCAAUAAGGGAAUUUGUGGAUC